GCCAGCAGGGUGGAGGCUGGAUGGGGUUUCUUUGGAAGGGAGGAGAAGGGAUUGAAUGGAAUUCCAAAGGGUGGCUCCCCCUGGGGGAUCAGGGAAUGUCACAAAUUGCCCAUUCCAGGAGGGAAUUCCCAGGGAUUGCUUGGGCUGGAAGCAGGAGGAAGGUUCUCCAGGGAUUUUUUCCUUCUUGAUGUGUCUUAAUUCCUUAAAUAUUUUGGGAAUGUUUGGGUGGGAUGUUCCUGGGAGCAAAGUUGGAACUCAACCUCUGGAAUUCCAAGCUUGGCUCCCUUUUCCUGCUUUUGGAUUUAUUCCUGGGAGAGGUGGGUGGUUCAUCCUUCUGAUUUAGAAUCCUGGAAUGGUUUGGGUUGGAAGGGAGCUGAAAGAUCCUGGAAUUCCACCCAGGGACACCUUCCCACUAUCCCAGGUUGCUCCAAACCCUGUCCAGGUUGUCCUUGAACAUUCCAGGGAUGGGGGGCAACCACAGCUUCUCUGGGAAUUCAAUUCCAGUCCCUCCCCACUCUCCCAGGGAGGAAUUUCUUCCCAAUAUCCAUCUAAACCUUCCCUCCUUCACCUGAAACAUUCCCAACGGGAUCAAACCCCAUUUCCCACCCUUCUUCCCCACAGAACAAAAAAAAUUCCACCAGGACUCCCAAACCCUUCAGAAACUUCCCAUGACUCUUUCAGUGCUGGAAUCACCCCCCUUCCCCCAAAAAAAUUCCCAAACCCUUCAUUCCUGUCCACAACACGAGUGACGUCAUGGGAUGAGCAAGCGGCUCCCGCUCGGAAAAUUCCACCGGAAAAGUUGGAAAACACAACUGGCAAAGUUGGGAGAAGGAGCCGCUUUGCCUGACCCUUGGAGGGAGUAAAUUGGGAGCAAGUGAGGAGUAAAUGAUGGGAGGCAUCCACAUGCUCAGCUGCUGAUGAUUUUAUGGGCACCCAGCGCUCCGAUCCCUCCCUCAGGAAUCUCAGCCCUGGAUUUCCCCCCCCCCUCAUCUAUUUUUUCCUUCCCUGGCACUGAAACUUUUCCAGUGGGGUGAUUCCCGCUGGGAAAACGCUUCCAGGGGGUUAUUUUGGUUUGGGGUUGAGUUUGCUGGUUUGGGGUUUGUUUCUCUUUGGAGUGGUGAUUUCCACGAGGUGGGAAUCUGGGAAUCUCGGAUCUGAGAUGGAUCCAGGCCUCGGAUCGCAUUCCCUGCGGGUUUAUCCAGGAAUCCCUUCCCUCAGGGAAACUCUUGGAUGGUGCCCAGCUCAGGACCCUUGGAAUUGAUCUCAUCUCUUAUUUUCCACCUCGUUAAUCCCGUUUUCCUGAGAUUUUUCCCUCAGUUUUCCCUCGCUCGGCCCAACAUUCCCGCACCGCUCCGAGCGCCCGUCAAUGCUAUCACACCCAGUUUGAUUUUCCCUGGAAAUCAUCCCAUUUCCAGGUCUCUUUUCCCUGGAAAUCAUCCCAUUUCCAGGUCUCUUUUCCCUGGAAAUCAUCCCAUUUCCAGGUCUCUUUUCCCUGGAAAUCAUCCCAUUUCCAGGUCUCUCUUCCCUCUGGCUCAUCCUUGGGAACCAGGAGUGGACGUGGCCACCGAGGUGGCUCCUCAUUCCUCGGAGUUGGGAGAAGGAGCCGCUUUGCCUGACCCUUGGAGGGAGUAAAUUGGGAGCAAGUGAGGAGUAAAUGAUGGGAGGCAUCCACAUGCUCAGCUGCUGAUGAUUUUAUGGGCACCCAGCGCUCCGAUCCCUCCCUCGGGAAUCUCAACCCUGGAUUUCCCCCCCACUCCAAAUAUUUUUUCCUUCCCUGGCACUGAAACUUUUCCAUGGGGUGAUUCCCGCUGGGAAAACGCUUCCAGGGGGUUAUUUUGGUUUGGGGUUGGUUUGCUGGUUUGGGGUUUGUUUCUCUUUGGAGUGGUGAUUUCCACGAGGUGGGAAUCUGGGAAUCUCGGAUCCCAGGUGGAUCCAGGCCUCGGAUUGCAUUCCCUGCGGGUUUAUCCGGGAAUCCCUUCCCUCAGGGAAACUCUUGGAUGGUGCCCAGCUCAGGACCCUUUGGAAUUGAUCUCAUCUCUUAUUUUCCACCUCGUUAAUCCCGUUUUCCUGAGAUUUUCCCCUCACUUUUCCCUCCCUCAGCCCAACAUUCCCACCCCGCUCCGGUUGCCCGUCAAUGCUAUCACACCCAGUUUGAUUUUCCCUGGAAAUCAUCCCAUUUCCAGGUCUCUUUUCCCUGGAAAUCAUCCCAUUUCCAGGUCUCUUUUCCCUGGAAAUCAUCCCAUUUCCAGGUCUCUUUUCCCUGGAAAUCAUCCCAUUUCCAGGUCUCUCUUCCCUCUGGCUCGUCCUUGGGAACCAGGAGUGGACGUGGCCGCCGAGGUGGCUCCUCAUUCCUCGGAGUUGGGAGAAGGAGCGUCUGUUUUCCUGCACAAUUCCAUCUGCACCCCUGGUUUGUCGUGGAAUCCGAAGCUGGCGGAGUUCCCAUCCUUGGAAUUGCUCGGAGCGAGCUGGGAUAGUGGAAGGUGUCACUUCCCAACAGGAAUGGGGUUGGAAAUUCCCUUCCCACCCAACCCAUUCCAUGAUUUCACGGUGAAAAUCCUCCCUCCAUCCCCAUUUUUAGGUGGUUUUGGCCCCAUCCUGAUUUUGGGAUUGGGGAAUUCUGUCGGUAUCCGGUGGCUCUUUGGGGAAUAAUCUGUUUAUACGUUAAGAGGAGAAAUAUUUGGCUUUGGGAAUUCUGGAAUUCAUCCUUCCUUGGCUGGAUGUUUUCGUGGCCAUGGGGGGGCUUUGCUACAGAUCCGAAGUUUUCAGGGAUGGAGCUGGGUUGGGAGUGAAAUAGGAAGGGAAGGAAAUGCAGGGAAAAAAAUAUGGGGGAAAAAAAUACAGGAAAAGGAAAUGCAGGGAAAAAUAUGGGAGAAAAAUACAGGGAAAAAAUAUCAGGAAAAAGAAAUGCAGGGAAAAAUAUGGGAGAAAAAUACAGGGAAAAAUAUGGGAGAAAAAUACAGGGAAAAAAAUACCAGGAAAAAAAUAUGGGAGAAAAAUACAGGGGAAAAAAAUACCAGGAAAAAGAAAUGCAGGAAAAAAUAUGGGAGAAAAAUACAGGAAAAAGAAAUGCAGGGAAAAAUAUGGGAGAAAAAUACAGGGGAAAAAAAUACCAGGAAAAAGAAAUGCAGGAAAAAAUAUGGGAGAAAAAUACAGGGAAAAAAUUACAGGAAAAAAUACAGGAAAAAAUACAGGAUAAAUAUUGGAAAAAGUAGAGGGGAAAAAUGAAGGGAAAAAAGGACAGGAAAAGAAAUACUGGGAAAAAAUUACAGGAAAAAUACAGGGGAAAGAAAUACAGGAAAAAACAGGAAAAAAAUAGAGGGGGGAAAAAUACAGGAAAAAUAUAGGAAAAAAAUAGAGAGGGAAAAAUAAUGCAGGGAAAGAAAUACAGGGAAAAAUACAAGGAAAAAAUACAAGGAAAAAAUACAGGAAAAAGAAAUACAGGGAAAAAAAACAGGGAAAAAUAGAGGGGAAAAAAUACAGGAAAAAGAAAUACAGGGAAAAAAAACAGGGAAAAAUAGAGGGGAAAAAAUACAGGAUAAAGAAAUACAGGG